AGAUUGUGUUCAUGAAAAGUACUGUAGAAAAAUUCCAUGCAACUCUUUCUGUGCUUUAAACAGAAUACAACAAGAAUAAAUUAUGUGUUUUUUACUUUGUUUUAUUACAAUAAACAGGCCAUUCAACAUCGUAAUCGAUGCACCAAUAAGAGUCUUGAAGAGGAGGGACUGAAGAGAAAGAGGAAACCACCUUGUCCCACAGCCUAACCUGUGCCCCAACAGACAUGUCACUUCACAACUUCAGUUAUGAUGCGAGCUAGCUCAUCGCUCUCCAGAGAGAAGACUAACUAAACAGCCGACCCCUGCCAAUAUUUUCAGAAACUUCAGAAAUGAUCCAAAUCAACAACACACAAUACUUCCACUUCCUGCAGCAGGCAAAUGCCUUACGACGAUCGGGGGUGCUCUGUGACGCCUUCAUCUCGGUGCAGAGUCAAACCUUUAGGGCUCAUCGGCUCGUUCUGGCCUGCGCCAGCAGGACCUUAGCUCAGCAGCUGGCCCAAGGAGGAGACAUAGACAGCCCAGUCCACUGCACUCUGGACUACUUUUUACCUCACACCUUCCAGCAAGUUCUGGACUUCACCUACACCCAAGCACUGGAAGUGUCUGUGAAAGACCUGCAUCUGCUGCUCAAAGCUGCUCAGCUGUUGGAAAUGCAGAUGCUGGCGGAUCAGUGCCGCAAGCAGCUCGAGAUUCUGGAAACCAGAGGGGAGGACCAAACUGAAGAAAGGGAAGACGUCAAAGAGUUUAAAGAUCAGAAGCUAAAACAGAAUUUGAUUCAUGAGGACAAAAUCCAAGAUGCAUCUCCACCGGUGGAGAAAGCAGGUGUUGAUCCCCCAGAUGUUGAUUCUCCAAAUGCAAACAAUCUGUUAAAAUCUCCAAGAAAGAAGCCAAGACUGUCCCCGAUUUCUGCAACACUGUGUAGCAAAGAUAGUGUCUUCACCAGACCUACAACCAGCGGCUCAUCGUUCACGUCUCCAUGGACGCUCCACAAAAACGUCUGGGAAUCUGAGAUGCGUCUGAACACACUGAGGAGGAUAGCAGAAAACUAUUCCAACCUGGUUUCAGCUCACAACCUUCAGUCCUCAAACUCGUCCUCCUUUGUUUACCCCUUGUCCCUGUCUACACCAAGCGUGCUUCCUUUCUUCAGUUCCCGUUUCCAAAGUCCUCUUCAGAACUCUACAGAGGGCUACCCACGCUUCCAUCCCCACUACACACAGAACCUGUACAGUGGAAGCUCGCGGGUGGGCAGCAUGAUCAAACGCGGCCUGCUGAAAAGGAAAAAAUCAAAUACAAGUCAAACAGCAGAGACGAGUUUUUCUGAAGAGCCGAAACAAACCAAAGGAGCCAAGGACUGCCGGGACGGUAGCAUGAGACUCCUCAGUGAUCCAGUGCUGCAGGCGUCUGGUAAAAACUGUGCUGGAUAUCAGUUUGGUGGAAGAGACGUUCGCGAGCAACACGAAACAGAGACCAGAGGACAACGCAGGGGAGAAAAACCAUACCAGUGCAAACACUGCCCCAAGAAGUUUAGUCUGAAACAUCAGCUAGACACGCACCAUCGUGUUCACACCGGAGAAAAACCGUUCGAGUGUCGUCUCUGUGGUCAACGCUCACGGGACUAUUCGGCUAUGAUCAAGCACCUGCGGACACACGGCGGGGCGGCACCCUACCAGUGCACCAUGUGUCUGGAGUUCUGCAGCAGCCUGGUGGCCAUGCAGAGACACGUCAAGAGCCACGCAGCGCAGGACUUCCCCCCCGACUGGAGCAUCAACAGCACCUACCUGUACAUCUCUCACAUAUGAGCCACUUCUCACUCAUUUUAGCUCUAGUGUGUGCU